AGCCGACACCACGCGACAGGGACUGACAAGAUGGCGAUCAUUUUAGAAACAGAGGAGUUACUGCCGUGAAGGAGAGGCUCGACAACACCACCAUGCCCUGGGAGCGUCCAGUUUCUAAGCUCACCAUGGUUACCAUGGUGAUAUGAAGCCAGUGUGAAGCGCUGACACACACACACAGACUCACACACAGACGGUCAGUUAUUGACUGACACAGCCAGCCAGCUCGGCAGGCAGGCGUGUGUAAUGGACAGGUGUAAGCAUGUGGGGCGGCUGCGGCUGGCCCCAGACCACUCCAUCCUCAACCCACAGAAGUGGCACUGCGUCGACUGCAACACCACAGAGUCUAUAUGGGCCUGCCUUGGCUGUGCUCAUGUGGCGUGUGGGCGCUACAUCGAGGAACAUGCUUUGCAGCACUUCCAGCAGCAGCGGCACCCGUUGGCUAUGGAGGUUAAUGAACUUUAUGUGUUUUGUUACUUAUGUGACGAUUACGUCCUGAAUGAUAAUGCCACCGGAGACCUCAAGCUGCUUCGCAGUACACUCAGCGCCAUCCAGAGCCAGCGCUAUGAGGUUACCACCCGCAGUGGGCGCACCCUCCGCUCUGCUAGCGCUGCCCCGGACGCCCUCAUGCCAUCCGGUGCCCGCGAGCUUCAGCUGAAAGAUGAGGACAGAAUGUUUACUGCCCUCUGGCACCGCCGCAGGGCACUUAUGGGACGCAUCUUCCGCUUUUGGUUUGGCCUGACUGAAUGUGGAAAGAAGAGAGAGGAAGAAGAGAGGAAGAGGGAGGAAGAGGAGGAGCAGAAAAGGGAGGCCAGGGAAAGGAGGCGGGCUCUAAAGAGGCAGCUACAGGAGGAGCUGGAGAACGCUCCUCUCAGGAAGUCUCGUCGCUUACGUCGGAAAAGCCAGAGAGUUGCGGAUGCGGCAAUCACAACACCAACCUCUCGCAGGGUACGCAACAAGACAAAAACCCCUGUGCCCCCAUCUGUCACCCGCACACCACGGACUCAAAGCCCUGCCGCUGCUACCCCCAAGAAAGCUGGACGAACGAAAAAGGUUGAGCCAACUCCCAAAACCCGGAGUCGUUCUUCUACUACCAAAUCUAAGCCCAAAACACCCUCAUCAACCCCUCGUACACCCCAAACCCCUGUACGCCGCAAGCAGAAUACCAAACAGGGUGGCUCACCGUUCAAACGGCGUCCCACAGUCACUCCUGGAGUGACAGGCCUGAGAAAUUUAGGAAACACCUGUUAUAUGAACUCCAUCCUGCAGGUGCUGAGUCAUCUGCAUGUUUUCAGGGAGUGCUUUCUGCGUCUGGAUCUGACCCAGGCACUGGAGCUACUGGCAUCUGCCGUCCACGGCCAACUGGCAGGGAAGGCGUCAUCGCAUUCCCCCAUGGUCCAGAGGAAGGGUCUCCAGACCAGCUCGGGUUGUGGUGUUGGGCUGAGCGGCGGGGCCUCACGGGCCCGCAGCAUGGAGCUGAUACAACCCAAAGAGCCCAGCUCGAAGCACAUCUCUCUCUGCCACGAGCUGCAUACCUUGUUCCAGGUUAUGUGGUCUGGUAAAUGGGCGCUGGUAUCGCCUUUUGCCAUGCUCCACUCUGUGUGGCAGCUGAUCCCGGCGUUCAGGGGCUACGCUCAACAGGACGCCCAAGAGUUCCUGUGCGAGCUGCUGGAUAAGGUGCAGCAUGAGCUGGAGAGCACCGGCAAGCACACGACCACCGCAGGAGUCCCACAGACACAGAAACGACUCAUCAAGCAGGUGCUCAGUGUGGUCAACACCAUCUUUCAUGGCCAGCUGCUCAGCCAGGUAACAUGUCAGGCCUGCGACCAUCGCUCCAACACCGUGGAGCCGUUCUGGGAUCUGUCUCUGGAGUUCCCUGAGCGGUAUCACAGUAAUAGCAGGGAGUCGGCCGCUCAGGCUUCAUGCCAUUUGACGGAAAUGCUGGCCAAGUUCACAGAGACUGAAGCGCUUGAGGGAAACAUCUACGCCUGUGACCAGUGUAACUCUGCCAGACGGCGAACCUCCUCCAAACCAGUCAUCCUGACCGAAGCACAGAAACAACUGAUGGUCCACAAACUGCCUCAGGUCCUCCGACUUCACCUCAAACGCUUCAGGUGGUCUGGGCGGAACCACCGGGAGAAGAUCGGCGUCCACGUCAGCUUCGACCAGCUUCUCAACAUGGAGCCCUACUGCUGCCGGGAGCCGUCACCCAAAGUCCUGCCCUGCCCCAGUCCCAGCAGCCCCAGCUCUCCAGGCUCGCCACGCCCAAAGCACUUCCUCUACGAACUCUCCGCCGUGGUGAUGCAUCAUGGGAAAGGCUUUGGUUCAGGCCACUACACUGCCUACUGCUAUAACACAGAAGGAGGCUUCUGGGUUCACUGUAAUGACUCUAAGAUGAAUGUGUGUUCGGUGGAGGAGGUGUGCCGUGCUCAGGCCUACAUCCUCUUCUACACACAGCGAGUAACUCAGGACAAAGACCGGCCGCUAUAGGACCACGACCCCCAUGAACCUCCCCCCUCCUCCUCCUCUUCCUCCGCUGAAGCCCGGCCACUCAGCGAGACGACAUCAGCACAGCCCCACCAAUCGCUCUUUCUCACUUCCCUCGAGCAUUUUAUAUGACGGGAGGAUGGGUGUUUUUAAGUCUAUUUUUCUAAAUGAUGAAAAAAGAGAGAGGAAGGACUCGUUUUUAAAAUCUGGUUCUGCUUUGUGAACUUCUUGUAUAUGGUGUUUAUAUGUAGGUAUUUUUUUUAAAAAAGAUGGUGACAUUUGUGAUUAAUGUACAGCUGUAUUUUAUAAAGAAGAGAGUAUCAGCCAAGAUGUGUCUCAGUAGCAGCCAGCAGACUCUGGCCAGGCAUGACUACAUACGUACAAGUGUCCUCUACAGGUGUGUCACAUGUCUGCCGACCUGCGUUUGGUGGCUUGUUGAUUGUAAAUGCUGUUUGUUCGUUUAAAUCAGCUGAAAUUGUUUCUCAGUCACUUUAGAUAGUCAACACAGAACUGGAUGUAGGUUGUAAGACGUCAUUCACUCAGACAUGACCUCCCUGUGUUCUAGACAGGUAAAUGUUUUUGAUAGCUGGCUACACUUUGGCCCUUCUUUCCUGCCAGAAAUGCACUAAUUUCUACAGAAUAGGUUGCGAGCAUUGUUUUUAUUCACACGGUUUGUUAAAAGUCUGCACACAAGAAAUGCAGGAAGUUUAUUUUUCACCCUGAAGUACUCCUGGGUCUGAAGCAGACCUCAAGCCAAAGCCUUGGGGGAAGUGUUUGGAAAAACCUCUCAGCAUUUCCAAAACGGUUCAACAUUUGCUGGGUUGUUCUUAAUUUUUUCUUCCUUCCUUUACUGAAGGGGGGGAAAAAAGUUUCCAAAGGGAUGAUUUUUGGCUCAGUGCUGCCAUCUUUCUGCUCCAGAAUGUAACUUAAUUCAGAGCAGGACUCGUCCCCAACCAGACGGAUACUACUGUACUAGAAAAGUGCCCUUUAUUGACAAAGCAGAUCUAUUUUUAUAGUUCAUAUCAAUUCAGCUGCAAUCGUACGCAGACCAGCAUUUAGAUUGUGAAUGUAUUUAUAUACAAUCCUUCUCAGAGGUUUUACAAACGAGGCCAUCAACUGUUUUCAAAGUUUUAUACAAACCACUUGCUCUGAUUGUUCAGCAUCACCAGCGGUUACGACAGACUUCACUGUUCAUUUAUGUUCCUCUGAUUUAUCCAUUAGAAGGGAAAUCAAAGCACAUUUCAUCUUGAUUUUUGUUCAUCAUCAGAGGCUAUUUGUUGGCAUUUCGAUUACUCCGUGUGUGUGUGUGUGUGUGUGUGUGUGUGUGAGAGAGAGAGAGUGUGAGUGUGUGUAAAUUUAUGGAAGUUAUACUAUGCAAAUUGUUACCUCAAUUUUUUUCUAGAAAAAAUUACCUCAAUAAAUGAGAAUAUUUUUUCAUUUUUCUACAAAAGA